AUGACACUUCCAAUACCAACGAACAUGAGUCAACAACCCAUGUCCGAAAUUAAACAGAGCAAGGUGAAACGUCUUAGUUGGAAAGUCGGCUCCAAGAUCCCGAAAUUUAUCAGGACGCCAUCGUCACAAACUAAAAGGUCCGAGUCGUUUGGAAGUGGUGUUGACACAGUCAACGACCGUGAAAACCUGAGCAAUCUAUUGUCCUCAUCACCCAGCGAUUUGACAAGUCCAAAGUACAACGCCAAUAAAAAUGUUGAUUCAAACACGAAUCGGGUGAAGAGCAAGGAAUAUGCCACGUUGGGAGCAAAUAAUAAUUCUGGAAAGGUUGAUGUUCGCGACAUACCAGGGAUAUAUGCACCAUCCGAAUCAUUUAAAAUUGAAAAUAAUUAUUCUGCUCCUUCUUUAAUAUUGAAUCUUGAAAAAUUGUCAACAACCACUACGAAAACACAAAAAAAGAAUAUCAAAGCUUCCCCGUCGAAAACUCUACCGAGAAAUUUUUGGCGUUUGAUUGGCAAGAAAAAUAAGCCACCUGAGCUUGUAACCACACCUCUUUCACCAUCACCAACCAACCAAUUCUCAUACACUUCACCAUUUGGCGUUCCAGAAAAGGUUCCAAAAAAGAGGCGAGGUAAUAGACCGAUAAGUGGCAAUUUCUCUCUCGCAAAACAAACGUUGGUCAAUCUGAUGCUGCGUAAAGGACGAAAUCAGUCACCCGAAGAUUCUUCCACGACCACUGAGGGUGAUCCAGUGACGACCUAUGAAAGCUUUCCCGAUCCCGAUCGGGAGGAUUUUAUCAAUGUGAAUUCUUGGGAUUUACCCGACUCAUUAUCGGCAACCGAGGACGCUGCUGGUGUAUUACAAAUGAUUGAAUACGAUGGCAUAUACAUAAAUGGUGUAAAGGUCAACUAG